CCCCGGGCCAGCGGUCGUCGCCGUGCUGCGGCCCUCGGCCCCCCGGCCCUGCCGCGACCCCCGGCGGAGCAGCGCUGCCCGCUGCAGCUCCCUCGGGGGCGCGCAGCACCGCUCCGGGGCAGCACCGGGGCGGGGCCGCGCCGCGGGGGCGGGGAGAGGCGGGGCGGCCGCCCGGUAGCUGUUCCGGGUCGCGGAGGCGGGUAUCUGCAGCGGUACCUGGGACCGGCGGCGACAUGCGGUUCCGCUUCUGCGGGGACCUGGACUGCCCGGACUGGGUCCUGGCCGAGAUCAGCACCCUGGCCAAAAUCUCCUCAGUGAAGCUGAAGCUGAUCUGCGCCCAGGUGCUGCGGGACCUGCUGGGGGAGGCCAUCGAGUACGAGAAGAUUCUGAAGCUGACCUCGGAUGCCAAGUUGGAGUCGGGGGAUGUGAAGGCAACCAUCGCCGUCCUCAGCUUCAUCCUCUCCAGUGCCGCCAAGCACAAUGUGGACAGCGAGUCCCUGUCAAGUGAGCUGCAGCAGCUGGGGCUGCCCAAAGAGCAUGCCAGCGGGCUGUGCCGGUCCUACGAGGAGAAGCAGAGCUCCCUACAGGACAGCCUCAGGGCCUGUAGCCUGAGAUUGAGCCAACUGGGCUCGGUGCGCUGGCGGGUGGAUUACACUCUCAGCUCCAGCGAGCUGCGGGAGGUCAACGAGCCCCUUGUGCACCUGAUCUUCAACGUGCGGGACAGGGAGCAUGGGAAGACAGUGGCCAUCCCCAUGGCCCUCUCGGCUGACAAGUUCCGGGUGCUGCUGGCAGAGCUGAAACAGGCGCAGGCCCUGAUGAACACCCUUCUCUGAGGAGCUGAAAAGGAGCACCGACGCUGGAUCGAUCGCGAGGCCGGACUUGGUGCUCCCAGCUGGGCCCUGGCACCGCCGGGCUGGGGAGGGGGAGGCCGGGGGCAGCGUUCCCUGCCCGCGUACUUUAGACCCCCGGGGCCGCCCGGGGCAGCCUCAAUAAAGGUGACGGU